GGGCGGUUCGGGCUGCUCGCGGCGCUGUUGUCUGGCGUCUGAGCCUCCCGAGGGGCGUUCUCUGUCUUGCCGCCGGUGCAGGCCGCAGUGACAGGGCCGCGCGCCCCCGCGCCCCCGCUCCCUCCCGGUGCAGCGCCGGCUCGCGGCCGCCGCGGCCCGCAAGCCCAACAUGGCGCAGGAGGUGGCGGAGUACCUGAGCCAGAACCCGCGGGUGGCCGCCUGGGUGGAGGCGCUGCGCUGCGAGGGCGAGACGGACAAACACUGGCGCCACCGCCGGGAGUUCCUGCUCCGCAACGCCGGGGACCUGGCCCCCGCGGGCGGCGCCGCCUCCGCGGCCCCGGAGGACGCGGCCGACGCCGAGAGCGGGACCCGCAAGCGGCAGCUGCAGCAGCUCAUCUCCUUCUCCAUGGCCUGGGCCAACCACAUCUUCCUCGGGUGCCGGUACCCUCAAAAAGUUAUGGAUAAAAUACUUAGUAUGGCUGAAGGCAUCAAAGUGACAGAUGCUCCAAUCCAUACAACAAGAGACGAACUGGUUGCCAAGGUGAAGAAAAGAGGGAUAUCGAGUAGCAAUGAAGGGGUAGAAGAGCCAUCGAAAAAACGAGUCAUAGAAGGAAAAAACAAUUCUGCAGUUGAGCAAGAUCAUGCAAAAGUUUCUGCCAAAACAGAACAUGCAUCAGCUCAGCAGGAAGUCAGCUCAACGUGUACGGGGUCAUCUGUGAAAUCCGAGAGUAGUGGGAACUCAACUCGGAGCUCUGGUACCUCGAGUCAGAACAGCUCGACGAGUGAUGGAGAUCGGUCUGUUUCCAGCCAAAGCAGCAGCAGCCUUUCCUCUCAGGUAACAGCGGCAGCGUCUGGAAAAGCUUCUGAACCCGAAGCUGCAGAUAAACAUGGUGCAGCGUCGCUUGUCUCUUCGUUGUUGAAAUCCAGUGUGAAUAGUCAUAUGACCCAGUCCACUGAAUCCAGACAACAAAGUGGAUCACCUGAAAAGAGUGCUUUGGAAGGCUCUUCAGUCUCAGCUUCUCAAAGCCUCUCAGAGAUAGAGGUGCCCUUGUUGGGCUCCUCAGGAAGCUCAGAAGUAGAGUUGCCACUGUUGUCUUCUAAACCUAGUUCAGAGACAGCUUCAAGUGGGGUAACUGCCAAAACUAGUUCAGAGGCAAGUGUUUCAUCAUCCGUUUCUAAAAACAGUUCCUCAUCAGGCACAUCCUCGCUAACUCCCAAGAGCAGCACCUCAACACACACAUCGCUGCUGACUUCCAAAAGCACUUCGCAGGUAGCUGCAUCACUGUUAGCUUCCAAGAGCAGCUCCCAGGGCAGUGGGUCUCUCGUUUCCAAAAGUGCUUCCUUAGCGAGUGUGUCCCAGCUGGCUUCCAAGAGUAGUUCUCAGACUAGCACAUCACAGUUGCCUUCUAAAAGUACUUCACAGUUAAGUGAGAGUUCUGUUAAAUUCUCUUGUUGCAAGUUGACCAAUGAAGAUGUGAAACAGAAGCAACCUUUUUUCAACAGACUGUAUAAAACGGUGGCGUGGAAGCUGGUAGCUGUUGGUGGCUUUAGUCCCAGUGUGAAUCACGGAGAGCUCCUAAAUGCAGCUAUUGAGGCUCUGAAAGCAACACUGGAUGUGUUUUUUGUCCCGCUAAAAGAACUGGCAGAUCUGCCUCAAAAUAAGAGCUCUCAAGAAAGUAUUGUUUGUGAAUUGAGGUGCAAGUCUGUGUAUUUGGGCACUGGCUGUGGCAAAAGCAAAGAAAAUGCAAAAGCAGUUGCAUCUAGAGAAGCACUGAAGUUAUUUCUCAAGAAAAAGGUGGUGGUAAAAAUAUGUAAAAGGAAAUACAGAGGCAGUGAAAUAGAAGACCUGGUACUCCUUGAUGAAGAGUCAAGGCCUGUAAACUUACCUCCGGCGUUAAAACAUCCUCAAGAAUUACUAUAAUAUGUCCAAAAUAUCACUGCAUACAGUAUCUGGUAUUUGACGACAAAAACUGGCUUACUUUUGUACAAUAUAAAACAGGCUUUCACAAAUUUUGUAUUGCUUUUUUCCAGUUUUGCAGAAAAUUUACAUUCUAGUUCUCUUCACACAAUAGUUGUAAAUAAUUUGUGAAUGACAGUACACAUUAAAAAGUAUGCAUUAACGGCGUACCAGUAUGCUGUUUUUGUUUGCUGAAGAAAAUACUGUCUUCUAUUUUUAAUGAUACAUUAGGUACGAUGUGUAGUUCUGUAGUCUUAAAACUUUUGUACUUUCAAUUUGGUGAAAAUGUAUUGUCUACCAUGCAUUUUUUUUUCUAGCUGAAUAAACCUCCACAUCCAAGAAAAGGGGACCAUAGUAUUUGAAUGUCUGAAAGUUUGUGAAGCUUAAGGUUUUAAGAAUGUUGCCCAUAAUGUUGAACGUGUCUCUUAAAGAAUAAAAGAAAAAAUAGUUGCCUCAGACUAUUUUUAUGAGAAGUUGUAAGCAUUUUUUAGAUAUAAAGCAGUAUAAAGUACUUAAGGUUAUUUUAUUCUGAAGUUGUUUAAAAUUCACCAUGAUUUUGCUGCAGAUUCUUUAAGUGGGUUAAUUUAUGUUUUGAGGUAAAAUACAAUUUACACUUUUUCUUAACAUAAAUGUGGGUUUCUAUAUUAAGCAUAUUUUGUGACUACUACUAUUAACAGAUUGAUUUGUUUAGAUAUUAAAUGCUUUAAGCUACUUUACCUUUUCAA